AUGGAGUCGGAAGCAGCUAUUCCGCAGCCUGUGCACAACGUCCUUCCGACCGUUGAAACAUUUGGAGAACCAAGUCAGAGCAUCAACCUCACCGGACUAAUCCAAGAAUUCCUUGAUCGAGAACGAAGUGCAUCUCUCUACCGCGCUAGCCUCGAAUUUCGCAUUGAACAGGAGUGCGCUUAUCUACAGGAGGAGCGUCACAUCCGCGGCCAUUUAGAGCAUCAACUGGCCGAAUCUCAAUGGGCACGAUCGCAGAUAGAGACUUCCUAUCGUCGCUCGUGUGAAGACCGGGAUUUUUUUCGCCAAGAGGUCGCUCAGGAGAAGGGGAAGAUUCAAGAUAUUGAGUCACGCUUAGCUGCUGCCUUGUCAUUUCACGAAACUAUACAGAAGAGCAGCUGGGGAAGAGCAUCUCCGGACAGAUCAGUUGAUGCGUUGCAGCUACGACUCCAGAGCCAAAGACAGCAGGAAUUGAUUACAGAGCUCCAGGUUCUCAAUCUAGCACAUGAGAAUACCAUACGGACUCUACAGGGCACCCUGCACAAUGCACUGGGGUGCUUUUCCUGCUGUUCCUACACUGAUAGCGAUGGUACAUCCACCGCCGUCGAGGCUUUUGCGAGCGAAGGAAGCAAGAGCCCCCAAGAGCCACCGGAGAAUACAGACCCUUUGUUAGCAGUGAAUCACCUGGGAGAGACAUGGUACGAGGGAUGA